AUGGGUUCAAGAAGUCCUGUUACAUCGUUAAUCUUAUCCAGAAAUCUAAUGAAGACACACAAAGGUGCUGCUAAGAGGUGGAGGAAGACUGCUAAUAGUUUCAAGAGAGGAAAGGCGGGAAGAAACCAUGGUAAUGCUGGCUGGAGCAGAAACUCUUUGAAAUCUUUAUCUGGUAGAUCAUUGGCAGAUGCUUCUCAUAUACAACGUUUAAAGAGAUUACUUCCAUAUCAUUAA